GUAGUGGUUUUGGAAGCAUAUUUUAAGAGCUCAGUUUGCUGCUUCAGUUUGGUGAUUGCUUUUUUUUCUCUUUUUUCCUUAAACCAGAAAAAGCCACUGUCCUCAAUAAUAAAAGAAGUCUGCGAUGGGUGGUCUCUUGCAAAUCAUGAUCAAUUUGCACUGCAGCAUGCUGAUAGCUCUAAUUUCUACAUCACAGAGAAGAAUCGUAAUGAAAUAAAAAAUGGAGCGAUUCUUCGAUUAACAACAUCUCCAGCUCAGAAUGCACAGCAGCUCCAUGAGCGGAUCCAGUCUUCUAGUAUGGAUGCAAAGUUAGAAGCACUGAAAGACUUAGCCAACUACUCACGGGAUGUUACAUUUGCCCAAGAAUUUAUAAACCUAGAUGGCAUUUCCCUCCUAACACAAAUGGUUGAAAGCGGCACAGAACGAUAUCAGAAAUUGCAGAAGAUAAUGAAGCCCUGCUUUGGAGAUAUGUUGUCCUUUACACUGACUGCAUUUGUUGAGCUGAUGGAUCAUGGGAUUGUAUCGUGGGAUACAUUCUCUGUGGCAUUCAUUAAAAAGAUAGCAAGCUAUGUGAACAAAUUUGCCUCGGACAUCUCCAUCUUGCAACGGUCGCUAGCAAUCCUGGAAUCAAUGGUGCUCAAUAGCCACGACCUGUACCAGAAGGUGGCACAGGAGAUCACAAUUGGGCAGCUAAUCCCACAUCUGCAGGGGACAGACCAAGAAAUCCAGACAUACACCAUAGCGGUAAUAAAUGCACUUUUCCUUAAAGCACCGGAUGACAAGAGGCAGGAAAUGGCAAAUAUUUUGGCACAAAAGCAGCUUCGCUCCAUCAUCUUAACUCAUGUUAUCAGGGCACAGAGGGCCAUCAAUAAUGAAAUGGCACACCAGCUUUAUGUUCUGCAAGUACUUACCUUUAACCUUCUAGAAGACAGGAUGAUGACAAAAAUGGAUCCACAGGAUCAGGCUCAACGGGAUAUCAUAUUUGAACUCCGAAGAAUUGCAUUUGAUGCAGAAUCUGAACCUAACAACAGUAGUGGCAGUAUUGAGAAACGCAAAUCUAUGUAUACUCGAGACUAUAAAAAACUUGGAUUUAUUAAUCAUGUAAACCCAGCAAUGGAUUUUACACAGACCCCUCCAGGAAUGCUAGCCCUUGACAACAUGCUGUACUUUGCUAAACAUCACCAGGAUGCUUAUAUACGGAUUGUCCUGGAGAACAGCAGUCGAGAAGACAAGCAUGAGUGCCCAUUUGGCCGAAGUAGCAUUGAGCUGACAAAGAUGCUGUGUGAAAUACUGAAAGUAGGAGAGCUACCCAGUGAGACCUGCAACGAUUUCCAUCCCAUGUUCUUCACCCAUGACAGAUCAUUUGAGGAGUUCUUCUGUAUCUGCAUUCAGCUCUUGAACAAGACAUGGAAGGAAAUGAGGGCAACUUCAGAGGACUUUAACAAGGUAAUGCAGGUAGUGAAAGAACAGAUAAUGAGAGCGCUCACUACCAAGCCUAGCUCUCUGGACCAGUUCAAGAGCAAACUUCAGAAUCUCAGUUACACAGAAAUACUGAAAAUACGCCAGUCUGAAAGAAUGAACCAGGAAGAUUUCCAGUCUCGUCCGAUUCUGGAACUAAAAGAGAAGAUUCAGCCUGAGAUCUUAGAACUGAUAAAGCAGCAACGUCUCAAUCGACUUGUGGAGGGCACCUGCUUUAGGAAACUCAACAGUCGGCGUCGGCAAGACAAAUUUUGGUAUUGUCGACUUUCACCUAAUCACAAGGUCUUGCACUACGGAGACUUGGAAGAAAGUCCCCAGGGAGAAGUCCCCCAUGAUUCUUUGCAAGAUAAAUUACCAGUGGCAGAUAUAAAAGCUGUCGUGACUGGGAAAGACUGCCCUCACAUGAAGGAGAAAGGAGCUCUUAAACAAAACAAGGAGGUGCUAGAGCUUGCUUUCUCUAUAUUGUAUGACUCGAGUGGCCAGCUGAAUUUCAUUGCUCCAGACAAACAUGAGUAUUGUGUAUGGACCGAUGGGCUGAACGCCCUCCUUGGGAAGGAUAUGUUGAGUGAUCUAACGCGGAACGACUUAGACACGCUGCUCAGCAUGGAGAUAAAGCUACGCCUUCUUGACUUGGAAAACAUACAGAUCCCAGAUGCUCCCCCACCUAUCCCAAAGGAGCCCAGCAACUACGACUUUGUUUAUGACUGUAACUGAGGCUGCCACUGAAACUUGCUUCAAAACUGGAAAUACUAUAACUGGAGAGAUAUUAAAAAAAAAAAAAAAAAAGAAGAGUGUGAGGAAAAAAAGAAACCCACUUGUGCACCUUGGAUUUUGGCUUUGGGGAGGGGUGUAGACACAGUUGCAUUCCUUCCUGUUCCCUGCAUCCCUUCUUUUCCCAUUCCCAUCUUCCCCAUUGCUCAUCCGAAUCCACAUCGCUUUAAUUAACUUGUAAUUGCAGGCCAUUGGCCUUGCUUAAAGCAAAGACUGCCACUAAGAAGCACCCUCCCGAGAACUUUUUUUACAUUUUUAAUACUGGAAUAGACAUUCUUAACUAAAGGACGAUGUUAUCAAGCUGCAUGCCUGUGAAACCCACCUGGCAGGGCAGAGGCUUAACUGGAAGGAGGAGGGAGGUAGGGAGCAGAAGCAGCUACUGUAAGCAGAAGAUUUCCCCAGACACUCCCAAGAGUCUGCUCACAACCGAAUCCAAUGCAAUGACAAAAAUCCUUAACUGCCUCCCAGUGCUUGCACCAUUCGUCACUGCCAUUAUUCUUUCCACUGUCAUCUCGACUCUUGCCACCGGCCUUCACCCAACUGACCGGCUUCCAGAAUGGAAAGUCUGCAGGUGUUUGCUGUACCAUACGCUGCAAUGCUGCGACAGCUUUUAACUUCUUUUCCUCCCAGCUCUUAAAUAGCCCCACACUAGCAGAUCACUGGCACAAACUGUGUAUGAAGCCACUAGUGUGUCCCACCCCUGUAGCGUUCCCUAAGCCUCAGUUGCCUCUAAAAUUGGCUUGUUGCUAUUCAAAGUGAUUUUUAUUUUCUUGAUCCAAAGUUCAACAGUAAUUUCCACAAAUUAAUUACAACUGCCAAACAUCCAGGUUUACAUUGUUGUCAUUGCUACAGUGUUAUGAAUUUGCAAGGGAUUUUUUUUUGUACGGGUUCUAAUUCUUUUUUAUUUUAUUUUGCCAAACAAAUAUAUUUAAUGAAAACUAACUUCAUUGUGAGUACUUUUGGGGGACAAUAUUUUUACUUAAUUUCCAUUUGGAACAUUUGCCCUGAAGGGAAAAAAUAUUUCCCUUCAACUUCGCUGUUGAAUAAAAAUCUGAGCUGUGAUGAUU